AGUACUUCUGGCUUGUGGCCCGGACGGGAUGCAAGACAAGAUCUUCCAAGAGAGGGCAGCCGUCAGAAUCAACGAACUCAGGCUGAAGGGCCUUUGGCUCACAUACACGUUUUCUUUUUUAAAUGAACAAUCACUGGAACAAAUAAAGGGUUAAUAGGCCAGUCAUUGCCCCGCCCUGUGGGAGCCGGAGGGAGCAGGUUUGAAAGUUCCUGUGUGCUGAAGGGAAGGCUGGGGGUGGGGGGCGCUGAAUAUUUCUGCAAGGCUCCUGCACGGCUCGCUGGCGAUGCGGCGGGACGGGCUGGCCCGUGUUCGGCCCGGUUCGGUGCCUGAGAGUUGGCCGUGAGCGAUCCCUGCCGCCGCGAGCCCGGUCCAGGCUUUCCCAGCAAGGAAUCCAAGGCGAGAACACCGAGUGCUGCUGCUGGGGCCAGGGAGGGACUGAAAUCUACUGGGGAGGCGUUAUCUACCCCCCACCGCCCCCCCCCUCCCCCGGGCUGUCACCCAGAAGGGCCUGGGAGCCGAGGUGGGCGAGGGCGAGAGCAGAGUUGGAGAGGUGGCUGCCGCCAGUGGCACGGGGCGUUGAGGCAUUUGCUUUCCGUGCCGUUUAUCUAGCAGACGACGAGGCGAUUUAUGCAACAGUAUCCUGUUUCAGCACUGCCAAGGCUAUGCGAAAACGCGGUCAGGACAGCCUGGCAGGACUUGUGCUGUAUGUAGGACUCUUCGGGCACCCCGGGAUGCUGCACAGGGCCAAGUACAGCCGUUUUCGGAAUGAGUCCAUCACGUCCUUGGACGAAAGCAGCCCCGGAGGCUCAGUGGGGAGCAAGGGCUCGGCGCCUCCUCCCUACCCCACCCUGGCACCUCACCUGCCGGCUGAAGAUGCCACCUUGGCGUCCCAGGAGAGCCCCACCCCAUUGUGCACCUUGAUCCCUCGCAUGGCCAGCGUGAAGUUGGCCAACCCAGCCACCUUGCUGAGUCUGAAAAACUUUUGCUUGGGUACCAAAGAGGUGCCCCGGCUGAAGCUCCAGGAAAGCCAGGACCCGGCACCCAGCAGCCCAGCUUCCCCUGAAACCAGUCCAAAUAGGGCUGGCUCUGCACCUCUGCCGCAACCAGACCUGCUGGGGCACAGGGCAGCUGCCUUAACUCCCGAUGCCUGCCCCCUUCCUGGCCCUGGGGAGCCAACCCCAGGGAGCAGGCAGGACAGGCACUUUCUGCAGCACCUGUUGGGGAUGGGCAUGAACUACUAUGUGAGGUACAUGGGCUGUAUCGAAGUGCUACAGUCAAUGAGGUCACUGGAUUUUGGAAUGAGAACGCAAGUUACAAGGGAAGCAAUAAGUCGCCUGUGUGAAGCUGUCUCUGGGGCAAAUGGAGCCGUUAAAAAGCGAAAGCCUCCAGUUAAAUUCCUAUCAACAGUUCUUGGCAAAAGUAAUCUUCAGUUUUCGGGAAUGAAUAUUAAACUGACCAUCUCAACAUGCAGCCUCACGUUGAUGAAUAUUGACAACCAACAGAUUAUUGCAAAUCAUCAUAUGCAGUCUAUUUCAUUUGCCUCUGGAGGGGAUCCUGAUACUACAGACUAUGUUGCCUACGUAGCUAAAGAUCCAGUUAAUCAACGAGCUUGCCACAUAUUGGAAUGCCGCAGCGGAAUGGCCCAAGAUGUCAUCAGCACCAUAGGGCAGGCUUUUGAACUCCGGUUUAAACAGUAUUUGAAAAAUCCUUCUUUGAAUACUUCUUGUGAAAGUGAGGAGGUGCCUCUUGAUGGUCCUGCUGUGGAGAGAGAAGAUCAUGAGUAUUACAAUGAAAUCCCAGGGAAGCAGCCACCUGCAGGUGGUGUUUCAGAUGUGCGCAUCAAAGUCCAAGCCACAGAACAGAUGGCUUACUGCCCCAUACGGUGUGAAAAGUUGUGCUAUCUGCCUGGAAACUCCAAGUGCAGCAGUGUGUACGAGAACUGUUUAGAACAAAGCAGGGCAAUAGGUAACGCACAGGAGAGAGGAGGGCAGUGCCAACGAGAUGCCUCAUUGAUGAAGCACACGUGUCGAGUGGAUUUCCUCAAUGACCCCUGCUACAUAAAUACACAGGGUCUUCAAAGUACACUUGGCUCUUCCCCAAAUCAAAGCUCAGCUCACUCCCUGGGGAGCCCGUGGCACCGUCAGACCUUUUUGUCAUCCUUUUGCCUCUCCCGGACUUGGAGGGAACAUGUUUAAAUAAAGGCUUCAGGUACUUCUUCAGUCUUUAUUUCCUAUUAGGAUAUAGUGUACCAUAGCCCUCCUGGCCCCCCUGAUGCAAUUUUUCUCUCCAAAAAAAUUAAUUCCAACUCUAAAAGUAUAAAUAAUGUUGAUUUAAUAAAAUGAAAUAAGAUAGAGUAGGGAUAACCUUAUACAUAAAUUUCUGCAAAAUAUCUGAAAUAUACUUUUUAACCUUUCCUCCUUAAUGUUUCCUGAUAUUUCUUUCCUUACUUAGGCAUACUUAGCUUCCCUUUUCCAGUCAAAAGCUUACUGAUUAGUUCAGUAAAACAAAAUAAAACAAACAAAAACAAAUCUUGAGGCAUGAGUGUAGUAUCUCCCAAGCAUGCCUUCUGGGCUCCCCAAUUAAUCCUAUCACACUGUGUAGGAAAAGCUCAACACAAUCUUUAUUUUCACCAAACUUGGCAGAAGGGAAUUACUAGUAUUGAUACUAUCUAAUUUUUUUUAAGUUUAUUUUGAGAGAGAGUAUGUGCAAGUAGGGGAUGGGCAGAGAGAGAGAGAGGAAGAGAGAGAAUCCUGAGCAGGCUCCACACUGUCAGUGCGGAGUCCAACUUGGGGCUCAAACUCAUGAACUGUGAGAUCAUGACCUGGGCUGAAAUCAAGAGUCGGACACUUAACCAACUGGGUCACCCAGGCACCCCUUUAAGUUUAUUUAUUUUAAGAGAAAGAGAAAGAGAGAGAGAGCACAUGUGCAUGCACGCAAGUGGCAGGGGAGGGCAGAGAGAGAGGGAGAGAGAAGAAAGAGAGAAUCCUAAGCAGGCUUCGCAUUGUCUGCACAGAGCCAGACUUGGGGCUCAAUCUCAGGAACCUGUGAGGUCAUGACCUGAGCCCAAAUCAAGAAUUCUGUGCUUAAUUGACUGAGCACGCAGGUACCCCUGUUUUCUUAAUGGAGGUAUUAAUUGCUAUGAACUUCCCUCUUAAAACUGCCUCUGCUAGGAUCUCAUAGGUUUUUUUCAUUUUCAUUUGUCUCAGGAUAUUUUAUGAUUUACUUUUUUAUUUAUUCUUUGACCCGUUUGUUGUUUAGUGACAUGCUGUUUAAUCUCCACAUAUUUGUGAAUUACCUAGUUUUCUUGUAAUUGAUUUCUCAUAUCAGUGUGGUCAGAAAAGAUGCUUGAUAUGAUUUCAUUUUUAAAAAAUGUAUUAUGACUUAUUUGUGGCCUAACAUAUGAUCUAUCCUGGAGAAUGUCCCAUGUCCACUGGAGAAGAAUGUAUAUAGUCUAUUGCUUUUGGGUGAAAUGUUCUGUCACUGUCUGUUGAGUCAAUCUGGUCUAAUGUGUACUUUGAGGUCGAAAGUUUCCUUACUGAUUUUCGAUCUGGAUGAUCUAUCUAUUGUUGAAAAUGGGUAUUGAAGUCCCCUACCACUACUGUAUUGCUGUCUAUUUCUCCCUUCAAGUCUGUUAAUAUUUGCUUUACAUAUUUAUGUCCUCCUAUGUUGGAUGAACAAAUCUUUGUUAUUUUCAAUUGUUUUAUAGUAUUGUAUUAUAUGAGUAUAUCAUAGUUUAUAUAAUCAUCCCCUUAUUGAUGGACAUCUAUUUUUUCAUCCCUUUGUUAAUAUAAUAAUCAUUUCUACCCCGAAAUACCCAGUCACAUGUGCUACUUAAAAAUUGAAUGCAUCAGUAUGCUGUCUUCACAGUUCACAUUGGUUUCUUUAAAUGUCUUAUUCUUUAUCACUGGGAUUAUGUGCAAUUGUUUAAUUUGAUUUUGCUUGUCAGAUAUUUUUCUCUUCCUUAAGCCCUAGGCUCCCUGUCUGAGGUUUUGCCCAUCAGAUACUUAUGGGUGUGGAUAUUCAUAUCUGUCUUGGGCUUUCCCAAAUUUCUGAUUGUGAAAAAUAUGUUUCCAGUUGCUAUGGGAACUGCAAGAUGACAUGAUUGCUUUCUUCUAUGAUUCCUAUCACUUUUUUCUUUUUAGGUCUCACUUAAAUGUAGAGUGGCCGUAAUCAUGUUGCAUCCUUGAUCUUCACUACUUCUGAGAAAAUAUGUUAUUAAUUAUAUCAAGUCAAUAACUUACUAAAUUUUCUAUGGGAAUUUUAUGUAAAUAACUAGAUUUAAAUUAUGAGUAUCUUUCUCAAAGUCAACAUUAUGUGAGAAAGAAGUUGCUAAUAGGUAAUGUGCCACAAUGUUAAAGAGUAGUUGUAUUUGGUGAUGGGACCACAGGUGAUUAUUUUUCUUUGUUUCUCUGUGUUUCCCAGAUUUUAAAAACAAGUAGCAUGCACAACUUUUAAAAUUAAAACAAAUUAAAAAAAAUCUUUCAGAUAUUCUAGUUUUAGGAAAAGUAGAUUUUCAGCAAAUUUUUAGAUGAUUGAAAUGUCCCAGCACAGUGUGUGCUAUUCUGGUGCUAAUCUGGGAAACUGUGUUAGGAAAAUAUUGUCCAUAUCCUCAGGCUGGCCCAUGAUCUGUUGCCUCUUUUCAAGAUGAUAUCAUGUCUGUUUUUCUUUUGUUUUGUCCUUGUCCAAAGGCUCUCCACCCUUAUCUCAGAAUAAACUGAAAGCCAUCGUGCAUUAAGAUGUGUGCCCCCACACACGCAUGCAUGUAUCUCUCUUCCACUCACACAAACACUUUCCCUCUCACAUACACAAACACACAUGCAACUACUUAUCAGAGUUCUCUAUUAUGCCUCAAAGCAAGCAGCACUAAGGCCAACUUCAUUUAUUAUUUAUCAAAUCUGGACACGUUUUUUCAGCCUUUUUCUGGCAACAGUGGAUAGACCUGAUUGUGGAGGAGAAUAUUUUCAGCCAUUAAAUACAGACUCAAGAUAUUUUCGAAAAGACACAUUUGUGAAUGCUGCAUCAUAAUCGUGCUGUGCAGAGAGGAGUUCUUAAGUAGCGACAAAACUAUAACAUAUUAACAGGAGAAUUGGGUUAUGUCUGCAGGGACUGGUUGUCUAUAUCAAUGACUUCAUGAGAUUGUCACGUGUAAGUUGUAGAACUUAGAGUUAAGAGGAUUUCUCAUUUGCAAGACCCUUGCAUAAGGACAUGGAAACACACUUCUGCAUUUAUAAAGAUGAAGUGUGGCUUCUAUGCAAAAGAUCCUUUGCAUUUAAAUAGACAAAGUCUGAUUUCUGCAGUUAUUUUCCUAGUAAAUUUGCCAUGUAAACCAUACAACUUUUACCUGGAUUCAGACCUAAGAAUUUUUAUUACUUCUGGAGAUGCUGUAUAUCAUCCUGAUAGCCUUGGUAUUUUUUUUAAUGUUUAUUUACUUUUGAGAGAGACAGAGAGACAGUGUGAGCAGGGGAAGGGCAGAGCAAGGAAGACACAGAAUCUGAAGCAGGCUCCAGACUCUGAGCUGUCAGCACAGAGUCCCAUGGGGGGCUCAAACCCACAAACCAUGAGAUCAUGACCUAAGCUGAAGUCGGAUGCUUAACUGGCUGAGUCAUCCAGGCACCCCAGGCUUGCUCUUUACUUGGGACCAUUGUAGGUACUGCAGAAGUAGAGUUGGCUAGACCACUUUUGAUAAUGGAAAGAUUUUCACUUUUAAGGCAAGGGUUUUAGACUGUGGUGAUUAAUAACCUGGGCUUUGGAGUCAAAUAGAUGUCAUUUCAAACCCCAGAUUUACAACAUAUUAGCAAUGUGACUUUGAGUAAUUCAUGUGGUCUUUUUAAAGAUCCAUUUCCUUGCCUGUCUAGUUUUGAGAACCGAACAAGAUAUGUGUAGAGCACUGAGUGCUGCCUAUCAUAUAUGAUAAAUGAGGACUGCAUAAUAAUUAUUAUUACCAUGAGUAUCAAAACACUAUUACAUGCCACCCGGAUAUACCUUUUCAUCCCCUCUGCCCUCAACUCUAGAGAGUAUUUGUUCUGCAGAACACUGGGGAACUGCAUCAGACCAUGGCCUCCUUGAUGCUUUGCCUUAUUUUACCUGAUUAACUGUGCUUUAUCCACGCAGGUGAGUGACACAAACACCAGAGUGGUCAUUUAAUAGGAAUGCUGUGAGGUUCAGCAUAGCUUUGAAGUUUUUGUCAGAGGUAUCUCUGAAGCACAUUAGUAAUUUGGUUUAAAAAAUAAAAAGCUAAAUACUAAAAAGUGGGCAUAAUCCAAAGUUACCGUAGGCAUUUUCAAAGAGUUUGGGAAUGUGUUCAAAGUUAUCUUUGAUCCAGGUACUGCGUAAGCCUCUUUUUUCUUUAACAUACAGCCCCUGGGACAUAGAGUGCCUCUCUCUGCAGUUAUGAAAGCAAUUCUCACAGGUCAGUCCCAUUUCUCAUCUGAAAGGAAAACUCCUGCACCUGGUCAAGUCUUUCCUGCCAACAGAAGCCAAAGGCAAUGUUUGGUCCUACCAUUAAAUUAAAGCCUGUGGGAAGUUCUAGAAACAAAAACUCCAUUUGUUCUAGAAGCAGCAUUAUUUAAACAGUGCAUGACACACAGUAGGGCCUCAGGUUAUAUUUGCUGAAUGAAUGAAUGAAUGAAUGAAUGAAUGAAGGAGGAGGUAGCUUGGUGAUGCCUCUCUUUGUGUUUUGA